AUGAUAAGGUCGGCCUUAAGCGGUACCCAGAACACGCGACUGCACGAAUGCUCGAAAAAAUACGGUUCAAUUUGUCGCAUUGGUCCCAAGACUCUGCUAGUGUCGGAUGCAAACUUCCUGUGGAAAGUCAACAGUGUCCGCGGCGAAUACAUUCGCUCGAUCGCCUACACGGCCUUCAGGCUCGAGCGUGGUAAAAAUAAUAUCCUCAGCACGCGCGACGAGAAGCGGCAUCAGGAUCUGAGGGCACAGAUGGCCGCGGGUUAUUCCGGGAAAGAGAACCUGCAUUUGGAAUCCUCAAUCGACCAUCACGUCAGAAAGCUGCUGGGGUUGAUUGAGCGCAAGUAUCUCUCCUCGACAUCGGAAGGCUACCGCCCCAUUGAUUUCGCGCGGACCUCGAGCUACUUCACGUUCGAUGUGAUCACUGAUAUCGCCUUUGGGUGCCCCGCCUCAUACCUGGAUGCUGAUGAGGACAAGUACGAUUUCAUCUCCAACGUCGCUUCUAUGUUCCCAGUGAUGUGCGUGACCGCAGUGAUCCCCUCGUUGGUCCAGCUCACCGAGGUAGGGUGGAUCAACAAGCUUCUGGCACCGUCCAAGAGUGACCGAAUGGGUAUUGGGAGGAUCAUGGGAAUCGCCCGUGCGACAGUGGAGGAACGGUUCACCCCUGGCCACCCUGACCGCGGAGAUAUGUUAGCCGCUUUCAUACGCCACGGUUUGAACAAGGAUCAGGCCGAGUGCGAGGUUAUGCUUCAAAUUCUGGCUGGCGCGGACACUACGGCCACUGCUCUCCGGGCUAUUCUCCUGUUUAUCAUCUCCAAGCCAUCAGUAGUUCGCAAAAUAUUGGCUGAGUUUGAGGCGCACGGAGUUGGCUGCCCGAGCAAGGUAUCAGGCAUGGAGACCGAAAUCGUGUCGGUCCAGCAGAUCCAACAGCUUUCGUAUCUGGACGCGUGCAUCAAGGAGGGUCUCCGAUUGCGCCCUCCAGCGACAGGUUAUCUCCAGAAAGAAGUGCCACCGGGUGGGGAGACGCUUUCCGAUGGGCGGUUGAUUCCAGGCGGUACGGGCAUUGCGUACUGUGCCUGGGGGGUGAUGCGAUCCCCCGAGGCUUUUGGGCAAAACGCGGAGAUCUUUCACCCGGAGCGGUGGUUAGAUUCCAGCCCCGAACAGCUGCGACUGAUGAAGCGCCACUGGGAGUUGGGCUUUUCGACCGGCAAGUGGCGCUGUCUUGGUAAGGAUGUCGCACUGUUGGAGCUGCAGAAGGUGCUUGUGGAGUUGCUCCGCCGAUAUGACAUUGCUGCGGUGGACCCAACGCAGCCGAUGAAGAGUCGGAAUUACAGUCUGUUUCUAGACACAGAUUUUAGACUGGUGAUCACUAGAAAGAGUUAA